AUGGCUGAAGUUCUUGGACGGUCGAUUGCUCGCAAGAGAGAUCAAGGGUUGUGGAAGGGUAUUGAGAUUGCCCAAGGGGUGGACUCCACAACUCAUUCUCAGUUUGUUGAUGACACCUGUCUUUUCGGUGUUGCUUCUAUGCACGAGGCUUCGGUUAUAAAGAAAGUUUUGGACAGAUUUACUUGGGCCACUGGUCAGGAAAUAAAUUGGCUCAAAUCGGAGAUCUUUUUCUUCCAUACGGAAUGUUGGUCUCAGAGAGCUAUUGCUAGAUUGUUUGGGAUUAUGAUUGGCCAACUGCCUGGUAAGUUCCUUGGUAUGCCACUCUUUGCUGGAGCAGGUAAGACUGACAUUUGGAAAGGGUUGCUAGAUGGUUGUAAAGCUAAGAUGGAGGGCUGGAAGAGUAAGUGGCUUUCUUUGGCUGGUCGCAUUCUAAUGCUGAAGUCAGUUGUAUCGGCUAUGCUAAUUUUCCCAAUGGCUUGUUUCAAACUCCCAGGCUCGAUCAUCAAGAGUAUGCAGUAG